AUGGCUGAUCCACAGCUAGAGCGACAGCCACCAAAGAACAAGCGCAGGAAUCGAGAAAACCCACUUGUAUUCUUCGAUGUCAGUAUUGGAGGUCAUGCUGCUGGCAAGAUCGUGUUUGAAUUAUUCAAAGACGUUGUACCAAAGACUGCUGAAAACUUCAAGCAGCUGACCACGGGAGAAGCUGGCAUUGGGGUGGCCACCAAUCUGCCGCUGCAGUUCAAGGGCACCCCGUUUCAUAGAAUCAUCAAAAGCUUCAUGAUCCAGGGUGGAGACUUCUCUGCAAAGAACGGAACGGGAGGGGAGUCGAUCUAUGGAGAGAAGUUUGAGGAUGAGAAUUUUGAGCUGAGGCAUGAUCGUCCAGGACUGCUCUCCAUGGCCAACGCUGGCCCCAACACCAACGGAUCCCAGUUCUUCAUAACAACUGUGCCGACGCCGCAUCUGGAUGGGAAGCAUGUAGUGUUCGGGCAGGUGCUGAAGGGCCAUGGGACUGUGCGGACGCUGGAGAAUGUGGAGGUGGCAGGGGAGCAUCCGGCGCAGGAGUGUUUGAUCGCAGACUGUGGAGAGCUGCCAGCAGACACAGACCUGGCCACCAUUGCCACCUACCUGACGGAGGAGGGGGACCCGUUCCCAGAGUGGCCUGAGGAUGCAGAGGUGCCAGAGGGGCAGUCUGAGGCUGCCUUCCGCAUGGCUGCCGCAGAAACCAUAAAAGCAAAAGGCAACGAGCUCUUCAAACAGGGAAAAAAUGAGGAAGCACUGAGGAGAUACAACAAGGCGAUGCAUUACCUGGACCCAGAGUCCUUCAAUGCCGAAGGCCCGAAUGUGAGCGGGGAGGAAAUAACAGCGCUGGGCCACGCAUUCAUCCCCUGCCUCCUCAACAGGGCUGCAGCGCAGCUGAGGCUGGGGCGAGCGGAGGAUGCCAAGGUGGACUGCAGCCGUGUUUUAGAGCGAGUGCCGGGCCACGCCAAGGCGCUCUUCCGCCGCGCGCAGGCUGAGCUGGCGCUCAAGGACUACAAUGCUGCGCUGACAGAUUUGGCGCACGCAGCCGAGAUCUCACCGGAGGACAAGGCGGUGAACCUGGAAAUCGCCAAGGUGAAGCGCACACGGGACGAGGCGCAGAAACGGGAGAAAGCCACGUACGCGCGCAUGUUUGGCUGAGCCCGUUAAUUCCCGUGUACGGGACGUGUCUGGCUGAGCCCGUACCUGCCCAUGUACGGGGCAUGUUUGGCGGAACCCAUAAAUGCCCGUAUGCGGGGGCAUGCUGUGACCAUAAACGAGACAUGCAGGGGAGCAUGCAGUGACCGUACAAUGGAGCUGCAGCAUCAGAGACUUGAGGUCUUCACAGUGGGCACUGUGUUGGCGCUAGGAAUGGAUGCAUAUGAUCCCUGAAAUGAAUGCACCAAAAGGCACAAGACAGAAGUUGCAGCAGGGAGCAGCUAGUUAGCAGGAGUCUGUAGGACAGAUUGGGAGACUGUUAGACUGCAGAUACAGUUGUUGAAGUAAUGCAUGACAAGCAAGUCUUGUCUGGCGAAUGCCAGAAAUGCAUGCCCGCACUAGCAUGCCUGGCAUGAUUGCCAAGCGUGGCCAGUGAGAAGUAAGGGCGACUAAGUGUUCCUUCUGGGAUCCAAAGCCACAAUGCUUUGGAUUCUGGUGAUCUGGCUGCAGACCUCUGGGAGUCUUAAACAUGUGGAGUUGGAAAUUUUUGGAUUUGGGUU